AUCAUCUCUCCUCGCCAAAAACACAAAACGGACAGAUGAAAAUACACGGCAAAAUAUUUAGUCUCAUCACUGGAGUGUACGCUGUUGUCAAGGGCUCUCAAAAACAUGGAUAUAUAUAAUGUUCCUGCAAUAUGGCAUAAUCCUUUCAUCAGUGUGCAUUUCUUUCCGAAAAAUGAAUUGAUCGGCGUUGUCGGCAGAAAGAAAUAACGCUAUUCGGCAAGUAACUCCCUCGUUUUAUAUGGAUGUUAUGAUAAAACUAACUGUAUUUCACACAGAUGACACAUUUAUGGCUGAAACCGACAGUUCUUCCGAAAUAGACAGUCAGAUGAAGUGAAUACAAUAAAGAUGAAUCGCUUAUAGAGGAGCUCCCUGGCUUGCAAAGGAUCAAGGUGAUAUUCGUGAAUUGCAGUCCAGGAGAGUUCAGCGGCGCGGAGAGGUGACGUUGACCGGAUGCGUGUAGAGGAGCGUGCCGUGUGGCUUUGACCAUGAGCCGGCUGAUGUUGGGCCGGACCCUGGAGCGGAUCUGCAAGGCUGUGCUGUUGCUCUGCCUGGUGCACUUCCUCAUCAUGAUGAUCCUUUACUUCGAUGUCUACAGCCAGCGCUUUGACAUCUUCAGCCGUUUUAACAAUGGCCGUGGAGUGAACAGCUCACGAGGACCCCACCACUACUACUAUAAUUUCUCCAGGCCCAACACUACCUUUGCAAGCUACCUGGCCACGGCUGACCAUCUUCUGCCCAGCACCAAGCCAGAAGCCAACCACACACCGCCGACCCCUAAGCCAUUACCACCAUGUCCGGAGGUACCGCCUGGUCUGGUGGGACGUCUCCUCAUCGAAUUCAGCUCCCAGAUAACCCUCGAGCGGGUGCAGAGAGAGAACCCUAAUGUGACCGAAGGGGGGAAAUACACUCCUCCGGACUGCCGGCCGAAACAAAAGGUGGCCAUCAUCAUCCCAUUCAGGCACAGAGACAACCACCUGAAAUAUUGGCUUCACUACCUGCACCCAGUCCUGCGCAGACAGAAGAUUGACUAUGGGAUCUAUAUCAUCAACCAGCUUGGCGAGGACACCUUCAAUCGGGCCAAGCUUCUAAAUGUUGGCUACACGGAGGCUCUUAAAGACGCAGAACACGACUGCUUCAUUUUCAGUGACAUAGACCUGAUCCCUAUGGAUGACCGGAACCUGUACCACUGUUACGACCAGCCCCGUCACUUUGCCAUUGCCAUGGACAAAUUCGGCUUCAGGCUGCCCUAUGCGGGGUACUUUGGAGGGGUGUCCGGCCUUAGCAAAAAACAGUUCCUCAAAAUCAAUGGCUUCCCUAAUGAGUACUGGGGUUGGGGAGGUGAAGAUGACGACAUUUACAACAGAAUCACACUAAAUGGGAUGAAAGUGUCUCGGCCCGAUGUGAGAAUCGGCCGCUACAGGAUGAUCAAGCAUGAGAGAGACAAGCACAAUGAGCCAAACCCCCAGAGGUUCAGUAAGAUCCAGAACACCAAGAACACCAUGAGGAAAGAUGGGAUCAGCUCACUGAUGUACAGAGUGGUGUCUGUGAAGAAAUAUCCGCUCUACACCAACAUUUCCGUAGAGAUCGGCAAGCCUCCUCCCAGACCUCUCAAAGGAUAGAGAGCUACCGGGUCUUGACCGAGGAUACCAUGACCUUCUUAAAGUUCAGCACACAAACACACACACACAAGCUCUGCCCAGGAUCACCUUCCUAUGAUAAUGCAGUGAUAUGCUGAACAGGUUAGUUCUCAGGAAUACGUGGAAGCUUGAUGUGGAUCCAUCGAUGUACUGUAGAUUCAUAUGCUGAUCCAGAUCAAGAUGUGCACAGUGUUUGGAGGGACGGGAAUAUCAUCAUCAUACUCCAAUGGCUGUUUUAUUCAGACCUUGAGGAUCAGUACAAGCUUUUAGGCUUGUAACAGGAAGGUUGUUGAGUUCUGGUUUUAGUAAAGUGACGUUUAUCUGCGAAGAACAGCCUGGUCACUUGAUGUAAAUCAGUCAGAACAUA